AUCUCCCUCCCCUCCCCCUCCUCGGCGGCGGCGGCGGCGGCAGAGGCGGCAGCGCUCGCCAUUGCCGCUGGUGGCAGGAGGCUGCGAGGAGCCGGCGCGGUCGCAGUCUCCACGGCGCAGGCCCACGGUAGCGCAGCCGCUCUGAGUAAAUCUUCAUGGAGGAACACGGAGUGACCCAAACUGAACACAUGGCUACCAUAGAAGCCCAUGCAGUUGCCCAACAAGUACAGCAGGUCCAUGUGGCCACCUACACUGAGCACAGUAUGCUGAGUGCUGAUGAAGACUCUCCUUCUUCUCCUGAGGACACCUCUUACGAUGAUUCAGACAUACUCAACUCCACAGCGGCUGAUGAGGUCACCGCUCAUCUGGCUGCUGCAGGUCCCGUGGGAAUGGCUGCUGCUGCUGCUGUGGCAACAGGAAAGAAACGGAAACGGCCUCAUGUGUUUGAGUCUAAUCCAUCUAUCCGGAAGAGACAGCAAACACGUUUGCUUCGGAAACUUCGAGCCACCUUGGAUGAAUAUACUACUCGAGUGGGACAGCAAGCUAUUGUCCUCUGUAUCUCACCCUCCAAACCCAACCCUGUCUUUAAAGUGUUUGGUGCAGCACCUUUGGAGAAUGUGGUGCGUAAGUACAAGAGCAUGAUCCUGGAAGACCUGGAGUCUGCCCUGGCGGAACACGCCCCUGCACCACAGGAGGUUAACUCGGAGCUGCCCCCUCUCACCAUCGACGGAAUUCCAGUCUCUGUGGACAAAAUGACCCAGGCCCAGCUUCGGGCAUUUAUUCCAGAGAUGCUCAAGUACUCCACGGGCCGGGGAAAACCAGGCUGGGGCAAAGAAAGCUGCAAGCCCAUCUGGUGGCCUGAAGAUAUCCCGUGGGCAAACGUCCGGAGCGACGUCCGCACAGAAGAGCAAAAGCAGAGGGUUUCAUGGACCCAGGCACUACGGACCAUAGUUAAAAACUGUUAUAAACAGCAUGGGCGGGAGGACCUUUUGUAUGCUUUUGAAGAUCAGCAAACACAAACACAGGCCACAACCACACACAGUAUAGCCCAUCUUGUACCAUCACAGACCGUAGUCCAGACCUUUAGUAACCCUGACGGCACUGUCUCACUUAUCCAGGUUGGUACAGGGGCAACAGUAGCCACAUUGGCUGAUGCUUCAGAAUUGCCAACCACAGUCACUGUUGCCCAAGUGAAUUAUUCUGCUGUGGCUGAUGGAGAGGGCUUGGGGCCCUUUCUCUGGGACAUGGUGACAUCCGGCAUAGAUAACCACACAGUGGCUCCCAACAGAUGGAAAGGGAGAGCAACAAGAGCUCAAGCAAAUACAACUAAAGCACUGAGGCUGAAGAAUAGGAAAUUCCAAAGAAAUGUUAACACCCAAGUGGAACAAAAUUGGGCCACGUUACAAGGAGGUGAGAUGACCAUCCAGACGACGCAAGCAUCAGAGGCCACCCAGGCUGUGGCGUCACUGGCAGAGGCCGCAGUGGCAGCUUCUCAGGAGAUGCAACAGGGAGCUACAGUCACCAUGGCACUCAACAGCGAAGCCGCCGCCCAUGCUGUCGCCACACUGGCCGAGGCUACCUUGCAAGGAGGGGGACAGAUCGUCUUGUCUGGGGAAACCGCAGCAGCUGUCGGAGCACUUACUGGAGUCCAAGAUGCUAAUGGGCAGGGGAAGUGGGGAGUAUUCAUUAUCACAGAGAUGGACCAGAAGUGGGAAGCAAGUGCUCUUAAUACUGCCCCAAUGAAUUGAAUGAAACACUAAUUGUUGCUGGAGGAAACACUGUCCCUGUAGUCGUGCUUAUUUUCUUAAGACCAAACCAGGUGCGUCUUUCUAGAUUAAGAAAUUGUGGCUGUCCAUUCUGUGUAUGCAGAGUUGUAUAGAGGCUCAGUUCUUGCACUUUGAAAUUUUAAUUUCUCUCCUUUACCCCAACUUCUUCAGUUUCAUUUUUUGUACUAAGACGAGGGUGGGGCACACCCCACUUACAGAGUACUCCAAGCUAGGAAUCUGCAUUCCCACUAUCGACCUUGUAUUCUGUAUCUCAAUUCCAUUGUCUUAUUAACUUUAUUUAAUAAACAUUUAUAUAAUGCUUGCUAUGUGCAAGUCUUCUGCUAAGUGUUUCACAUGCAUGAACUUACUUAAAACUCAGAAUAACCCUAUUCUGAGGAAACACUAUUGUCUCCAUUUAACAUGUGGGGAAACUGAGACACAGAAAGUUUCAGUGACUUGGCCACGUGCACAGAAAGAGUGGCAGAAGUGGAAUUUGAAUUCAGGCAGUUUGUCUCCACACCACUCAGUUAUGCUGCCUCCCUGUGAUGUGAGCCAGCUUCUGCCUGGACUCCACAAAUACAGCAUGAUGACUGUCUCCUGGUGUUGAACAAAUAAUUUAGGGAAUGUCGGGCCUCUCUCCCCAUCCCUGGUAGAAGCUACUUGCCUUUGUCUGGUUUGGCCACAGUGCCCGCCUGCCCCAGCCUGUUCCCGGAGAUAGGGAUGCUCUGGUGGUUUCUGAUGCCAAGUGCUCCACUGUCCAGCAGUCCUCCCCUCCACAUGUGUGAGAGCUCGCUUUGCUAAGUCCGGGGGAGCCCAUAGGUCUGCGUUUCUCCAGUUGCAGAAAUUAUAGAACCAUUCAGUGGUCAGCUAUCAAAUUUUAGUAUUUCCAGUGAGCAGAGCACCUUGCAAUUAGUGAACAUGUUUUCUUAUUUUCAUUCAGUUGGGGGGAGGAGGGGUUGCUAUUUAGAACCAGGGGACGUUGUUUGCGGGAGAAGCACAUGAUGUUCCCAAAGAGGUAAACCCAGCUUAAGAGUUGUUUCCUCACCCCUUAGAAGCUUCUGUCCAAGCCCUCCUGCAGCCAUUCGAUUUAUGCCAGCACUCUUGCAACAUUCCCACCUGCCUCUAGGGAGAUAGAGACCAAGGGGGUAGAAAGUGCUCUGGGAAAUGUGCAUCUCUGCCCUGAGCUAGCUGGUGGCCGGUUUGCUUCCCCUGCUCCUCACUGGGCCUUCCCUUUGGCUCUGCCUCCAGCCCUUGAUUGGGUUCCACCAGACAGUUUGGAAAAUGCAUCUUUCUCCCUUGCCCGACACCCAGAGACCAUCCACUGUGGCCUGUGCUGUCCUGGCUGAGACUUGCGGCUGCCUAUUUGCCUCACGCCCUCAACGGAGAGAAGUGGACUAGAAGGCUAGGUCUGUUUCAAAAUUAAACAAAAUUAAUGCCUGGUUACAAGGCAUUAACAUUAUACUUACAGAAAGAGCAGCCCUUCUCAUUUCUUCGCGGUGCCACGUGUCCCUCUUUGUUCUGACCCGGCCCUGGCAACAGUCCUGCAGCCAGGGAUCCCCCUUAAGACUCAUCAACAUAAAUGUCCUACAACUACAAGGCCCCACUCAGUCUUGCUACACUGUAAAACAAGUGCACGUUUUACUACUCACAUCAGCUGCCAAAUCAGUUUUUGAAUUCCUUUAGAAACAAAAUUCUGUCUUCUCCUUCACACUGAAUAUGUCUUCUUCGCCUUUCCACCUUGCUACUUUUCUUUGACCCGGUUAAAAACUUGUAAAAAUGAGUUUCCCUAGUUUAGUUUGAUCUCAACUAUGCUCAUUGGAAUACCUUUUUUUUAAAAAAUUGAUCUUUUUAGCAAGAGGGAUAAAAGAGUAGAUAUAUGAGGACAGAAACAUGAAGUUCAGAUAAGAGAGCAGGAUUCCUGGGUGGGGUCCUUGCAUGAGAAAUUGGAACCCACAUUCCUAUUCCGCAAAGCCUCCCAAGUGAGACAGGAUGCCGCAAAGUUGUGUUCUGUAUUGAUUAUAAAGAGGUAAGUGCGGCUGCAUCUGCAGGAGGCAACGUGUGUGCUUUAAUUCUCUGUGGAACCAACCCUUAUGUACAUUAUAAGGACAUUAGGGCAUCCUCAACCUGGGGUCUUGGACCCUGAGAAAUUCUACACAAGUUUUGUUUUUCUUUUAUCUAUAUUUUACUUAUUAUUUUUUAAUUUAAAUUCAAGUUAGUUAACAGACAGCACAGUCUUGGUUUCAGGAGUAGAACCCAGCGAUUCAUUUCUUACGUAUGACACCCAGUGCUCAUCCCAAGAAGUGCCCUCCUCAAUGCCCAUCACCCAUUUACCCCAUCCCCCCACCCACCUGCCCUCCAGCAACCCCCAGUUUGUCCUCUGUAUUUAAGAGUCUCUUAUGGUUUGCCUCCCUCUCUGUCUUUAUCCUAUUUUUCCUUCCCUUCCCCUAUGUUCGUUCAUCUGUUAUUUCUCAAAUUCCACAUAUGAGUGAAAUCAUAUGAAAUCUGUCUUUCUCGGACUGACUUAUUUCUCUUAGCGUAAUACACUGUAGUUCCAUCCGUGUCUCUAUACACGUUUUCUGUAGUUUUCCGGGACCCAUAACUUUGGUCAGAUGUGCAAAUGAAUUAGAGGAUCCCCCCUUCCUCGGCCCCCGCCCAAGGAUUAAGAGCCUCUGUCAUAGAAAGUGGUGGCUGGGUCCAUAGAACUUUGUGGAUAUUUGGUCUAGUGCUGUGAGUAAGAGGGGCAAGGGAGAUGGGAGAGUCUGCAGGCCUAGCUUAUUCUAAAAGCUGCACUAGCAAGCUCUGUGAUCUUGGGCAAGCAAAUUAACCUAAGCCUUCACUAUAAAAUUAGGCUAAUGACAGUUCCAUGCUUAUGAGGUUGAUGUGAGCAUUAAACAGAAUGAUUCCUAUAGAGUGCUUAGCAUAGUGCUUGGCACAUAGGUACACUGUGAGCAUAAAACUCUUACUAGCUGUCCACAUAAUUUCAUCUCCCCUUCGUUCCCCAGAAUAUGUUCAGUUAUACUUCAGAAUACAGGGUAUUCUUGUGCCCUCCUGUCUUUACGACAGAUCCAAAUGCUUACCUGAUGCCGUUGAAGGAUUUAUGUUCCAGAGGUAAACACUGCAAAGAAAUCGGAGACCAGAAGCUCUUUCUGUGUAGGCUUGAAUAAAGGAAAUUGAAGGAACUUUGACUGAAGGUGACAUUGUUUAACAGCUCCUGGAUUUGGUCAUAUCACUGUUCUCAGGCAGGGCUGCCGUUCUCUUCCAUCUGUAGUUGCUGUGGCCUUCGUCAUUCUCAGGGCAUAAUCUCUCUUCACAUCUCACGACUGCGUUGUAUUUCAAUCUCCAUCAUCAAGGGGGACUUUUUUCACUUCUUCCUUAUUCUCUACCACUGUCGCCCAUUUUUACUGAGUAGAUGUCCCUCUGUUCCAGCUCUUCUUUAAAAGAGCUAAAACGCCAGUCCUCAUCUUGAUGAACUAUAAAAUACAUCUCUCAUUCUCCCUUUUUCUGUGCGCUCAUUAUCUGGACACAUCAGUAUAUGGACUUGUUCCCAGAAGAGUCAGUGGAUAUCAGUAUUAAAUUAAUUUAGGAAAUAUGUCAAUGUUGCUCCUCCAAAAAGGUGCUGAUAUGCUAUUCUAGUGUAAUAAAUGAAAUAAAGUUUUAUUGUAAAGGUAAAUUUUCAGUCACCGUAAAGCAUGAUAGUCAGCUUUGAAAAGAGCUGUUGCAUUCUUUGCUACUAUAUUAUUUGUACCUUUAAUCCACAGAUGAUAAGCUCAUCGCCCCCAGGACUCAAAGCAGGGAGCCCCUGAGCAAAUAGUUUUAAAUUUUUUUUUUAAGUUUACUUAUUUUUUGAAAGAGAGAAGGUGUGAGUGUGAGCAGGGGAAGGGCAGAGAGAGAGAGGGAGAGAGAGAGAAUCCCAAGCAGGCUCUGGGCUGUCAGCACAGAGCCCAAUCCGGGGCUCGACCUCACAUACCAUGAGAUCAUGACCUGAGCUAAAACCAAGAGUUGGACGCUUAACCGACUGAGCCACCCGGGUGCCCCUGAACAAACAGUUUUAUAUGAGCUGUGAGCCUCCCCUCCUGAAAGUCCCCCAGAGCAGUGCCUACAGCAGCUGUGGGUUUGGGGGCGGCCCUCCUGGGGAGUAAAUGGCUCUCUUCUCCACUGACAGGAACACCUGAAGGGAAGAUCUCAGACCAAGCUGAGGUGUUACCUAUUCUGUCAGAAAAAGCAAAUGAAAAUUCAUCUGUCCUACAGCUCCUAUCCCUUCAGAACCGUAGGUCUUUUUUAAUGGAGGGGAAGGUAGAGCACACUCCCAAACCUGAGUCAGAUGAGGAGAGCUCUGAGCCGUGGCUCAGAAAGAACAGGGUGAGGAGUGAGUACGUGAGCCGCUUGCUCUGGGCCGGCUGGGAAGCGGGUGCUGCACAGUGUCCUCUGGGCACCAUGCUUUCUUUGCAGACAGUGUUUCCCUCUUUCAGUCAGCUUUUGUCUUAAAAUGAAUAGUUUUCAUCCUGGAAAACAUGUUGGUAGAUGUCAUACCAGGAAAAUAACUUUCAGUUUUGCUCUGCUUUUGACUUUUGACUAUAAGCAUUGACCAUCAUUGUUUAGGCCCUUCAUCAUUUUCUUUUCUUUAUUCUUUCUUUCCUUUUCUGUUUAAGUUUAUUUUUUAUUUAUUUUGAGACAGUAAGCAGGGGAGGGGCAGAGAGAGAGGAAGAGAGAGAGAGAGAGAGAGAGAGAGAGAGAGAGAGAAUCCCAAGCAGGCUCUGCUCUGUCCGCCCAGAGCCCAAUGUGAGGCUCAGAGUCACCAAUUGUGAGAUCAUGACCUGAGCCGAAAUCAAGAGUCGGACACUUAACUCGCUGAACCACUCAGGAGCCCCUUUCCUUUUCUGUUUUUACUACUAUGACUGUUGCUGUCACCAUAACCCCCUUUCCAGUGACUAAACAAGCACCGUCUGCAUUAUUCUACCUUCACCCAGGAAGGUGGGUAGAACAGAGCUUCUGAGCCCUAUUUUGCAGACGCAGCUAAAGCUGGGCCUUACCUGUCACUGAGCAACUAAACGGUGAGACUGGAAACCAAACCCAGUUCUGCAGUACCCUCUACUGCCACUGUGGGUCCCCUUCCUUCCUCUUCACUCCCUCUUGUCAACCCACGCAGCCAAAGAAGUCAAGGAGAUCUAAAACAGGUGAAAAUCAUUGUCUUUAUCUUUCAUCUGAUUCAUCUGUUCCUUUGUAUGGGUCACUCUUUUGCAGGAUUGUUUUAAGGAGUGGGUAUGGUAUAUUUUACUCCCUUUAGAAGUCAGUGUCAUGGGGUGUCUGGGUGGCUCAGUCGGUUAAGCAUCUGACUCUUGGUCUCCCCUGAGGUCAUGAUCUCGGGGUUCAUGAGAUCGAGCGCUGUGUUGGGCUUUGCGCUCACAGCGUGGAGCCUGCUUGGGAUUCUCUCUCUCCCCCUCUCUCUCUGCCCCUCCCCUGCUCUCUUGCAGGCACAGGGACAUGCACUCUCUGUCUCUCUAAAUGAAUUGACUUUUUUUUUUUAAAGUUUGUGUCACGAUAAAUUUUAGCAGAGGCAAAUAAAAUAAAUGGCAUCAAAACCCAAGGUGUAGGGGCGCCUUGAGUGACCAACUUCGGCUCAGGUCAUGAUCUCCUGGCUUGUGAGUUCGAGCCCCCCAUCGGGCUCUGUGCUGACAGCUCAGAGCCUGGAGCCUGCUUCAGAUUCUGUGUCUCCCUCUCUCUCUGCCCUUCCCCUGCUCACGCUCUCUCUCUCUCUCUCU